CCAUGCUCAAGCGCUCAUUCCUCGCAUUCACCGCGAGCCUGUCGGACGUAGCUUUUCAAGACCCAACGAGAGAUUGACAUCAACAGCGCCGCGCCACCGGACCGCCUGCUUCCUCCUGAGAGAGCUAGUUCCAUUGCAAGCCUCAAUGCACCUGGCGUGGAUUCGCCCAUCUUGUCACUCCCCGCAGACCCUGCGCGAGUGGCAUCACUCCCCGAAUGCCAUUGUACGAAUAUCGCGUCGGUCCAAGCGGCUCAUCGAGUCACCCGAUCGCGACACUGAUCAUGCUCCCGCGCCUCCUCGUCCGUUCCCCCACAUCCUUCUUCACCCGAUUCAAAACCUAUCAUAUCAUGGCCGCCCCCAUCCCCGUCAACGUCGCCGUCAUCGGCGUCGGCCUCGUCGGCUCGGAGUUCAUCAGCCAGCUCCUUGGCCUCCCGCAACCCUCCCCCUUCAAGCUGAUCUCCCUCACCUCGUCUUCGCGCACCCUGUUCUCCCCGUCCGCCGCCCUAGCGCCGGGCGCUGAUUGGAAGGCGGCGCUCGCUGCGUCGUCCGAGAAGCCAGAUCUGGCGAAGUUGACCGAGCAGCUCGCUGCCCUGGUGUCACCACAGCAGAAGGUCGCAAUCAUCGACAAUACUUCCUCUGAGGAUGUCGCGGCGCGCUACCCUGCAUGGCUGGAGAAGGGGAUCAACGUCGUGACACCGAACAAGAAGGCGUUCUCGGGCGAUGUUGCGCUGUACGAUGCAUUGAUCGGCGCCACCGCGAAGAGCGGCGCCAAGUGCUUCCACGAAGCGACCGUCGGCGCUGGCCUCCCUGUCAUAUCCACCCUCAAGGACCUCGUAGCGACGGGGGACAAAAUCCUCAAGAUUGAGGGCGUCUUCUCCGGCACCAUGAGCUACAUCUUCAACGAGUUCUCCACCGGGGCCGCAGGCGGCCCCGCCUUCUCCGCCGUCGUCAAGGAAGCGCGCGAGAAGGGCUACACGGAGCCGCACCCCGCCGACGAUCUUAACGGCGCGGACGUCGCGCGCAAGCUCGCCAUCCUCGCCCGCGUUGCUGCACCCGCGCGCGACGCGAAGCUACCCAAGCUUGGCUCGUUUGCGGAUGUGGCGACGAAGUCCCUUAUUCCCGCGCCACUGGAGGGCGUGAAGACGGGCGACGAGUUUGUGGCGCGCCUACCGGAGUUUGAUGGGGAGUUCACGGGGCUGAGGGAAGAGGCGAGCAAGGCGGGGGAGGUCUUGAGAUUCGUGGGCGUGGUGGAUGCGGUGAAGGGGGAGGUAAAGGCUGGGCUUGAGAGAUACUCGAGCACACAUCCCUUCGCCACCGCACUCGGCGGCUCGGACAACAUCAUUAUGUUCCACACCGAGCGCUAUAGCCCUCGGCCGCUCAUCGUACAGGGUGCCGGCGCCGGUGCAGCAGUGACCGCGAUGGGUGUUCUCGCGGACUUGCUGCGUUUGGUUUAAGGGGAGAAACAAAACAACAAAAUUUGUACACCUGUACUUCUAGAUGAUGCUUGGAUAUUGACCAGUUUAGGCCCCUUCGACCAU